CAAAAAUAAAUAAAUUUUAAUAACCAUGUAUCAAAUCAUAUGCUGCUUUGAAGUUGGGUGGGAUCAACGGCAACACAGAUAAAUCAAAUUGGAAGAGAAAAGAGAAGAGAAGAGUCCAGCCGAAACAAUGAAUCCGAUGGGUGCAGCAUCAGGGAGGAGGAGCAUGUCGACGGUAUCUAAAGCCGUCGCUGAAAUUGUAGGCGUCGGCAAAACCAAGAACCGAAAAGCUACCAGUGAGCUCUGCACCUUCAUGGGCAUCCCUCAUCACUCUCGUUCCGAAAUCGCCUCCAUCAUUUCAAAGUUCAUCAAACUCUACAGUUUCAGGAGUCCUGGUAUUAAGAAAGACAAACUUUGGGAGCAAAAUUUGCAAACACUGUUGCGUGGCAGAAACAGUGUUGGUUUUCCUGAGAUUGCUAAGAUUUUGUCUCCGGAAUUCAGCCAGGGUGCCAUUAAUAUCAAGGAUACUAAUAUGGAUUCUUCCACGGACAAUACUAAAGGGAAAGGCUCACAGAAGAAGGGGAAAAAGAAAUAGGAAGUGGAGGCACUUGGUUGUUUUUUAUUUCCUAUUUGCUAGGUAGGAACCAAGUUAUAUUUUGAAAGUUUCUCUGUUGCUUAUUAUAUGCAAUUCUGCAUGAUAAUUUCUUGAAAGUGUUACAAUAACAAGAGGUUAAGUAUUGAAACUAGUUUGGCUAUUGCCUUGUGGUCUGUUGACAAAAUAAUAUUUAUAUUUUCUGUGUCC